AGCAAUUCAAAGAAGUUAUCUAACCUAUAAUGAGUCUUACAAUUAGACAAAUUGAUUCCGCGUUGUAAUAAGAAAUAAGCAAAGCAAGCCAAACUCAUUCGAACUGUCUGGAAACUCAAAUGAUCAAUGGAGAGCUUUUCAUUCUAUACUCUCUCAAUAGUCCUGUUUCUAUGUUUGUUUUGUGACACAACAUAUUGCCAACAAGCUUACCUGAACAAUUCACAGCUCAACUGCACUGGCAACCCUUCUAUAUCAAAAGGGUACCUAUGCAAUCGUCCUCUGCAGUCAUGCAAAUCCUAUGUAACCUUCAGGUCCCAACCACCCUAUGACACUGCCAAAAGCAUCGCCGAUUUGUUUGGAUCGGAAGCCUCCCUUAUUGCUUCAACAAACAAUGUCUCAAAUAUUUUCGACAGCAUUCCAGCUAAUAAGUUGACUACAGUUCCAAUUACAUGCUCAUGUUCUGGCUCUAUCUACCAGUACUACACUCAUUACACCGUCAAGAAAUCAGAUACAUAUUUUCGUAUAGCGAAUGAUACUUACCAAGGCCUUACCACUUGCCAGGCAUUGAUUGGUCAAAACUACUAUAAUAGUGAAGAUAUUCCGGUGGGCAUAGAGCUGACGAUUCCAGUGAGAUGUGCAUGCCCAACUGAGAAUCAGACGGUGAAUGGAGUCAUCUCCUUGCUCGAUUAUAUGGCGACAACAAAUGAUACGGUUUCAUCAAUUGCAAAGGCUUUUGAGGUGAGUGUGCAGAGCAUAUUAGAGGCAAACAUGUUGUCACAGAAUAGCACUAUCUAUCCAUUUACACCUAUUCUGGUUCCUCUGGAAAGCAAAAUUUGCACUACAAAUCCGGGUAGUUUCUUUUGCGACUGUCCUAAUGGCUAUGCUGCAGAUGGUGUCAGCUGCAAGACCGAUCCUAGAAAGCUUCCGGUCAAAUGGAUUGCUCUAUUAGGUAUUGGCAUUGGCAUGGUAUUCUUGUGUCUAUUUCUUUUAGGCUACAAGUUAUAUCAGUUCCUGAAGAAAAGAAAACACAGAAUUCAUAAGGAAAAAUUGUUCAAGCAAAACGGUGGCUUCUUGUUACAAGAAAAAUUCUCAACUUAUGGAAGUAGUGAGAAAGCAAAGAUAUUCACUGCAGAGGAACUGCAAAGGGCAACAGACAACUACAACAAAAGCAGAUUUCUUGGUCAAGGAGGCUAUGGUACAGUUUAUAAAGGAAUGUUACCUGAUGGCAACAUAGUUGCAGUUAAGAAGUCAAAAGGAAUUGAUAAAAGCCAAAUUGAGCAAUUCAUUAAUGAAGUAGUCAUUCUUUCCCAAAUCAAUCAUAGAAACAUUGUCAAAUUAUUGGGUUGUUGUUUGGAGACUGACUAUCCGUUACUUGUUUAUGAAUUUAUUCCUAAUGGAACCCUUUCCCAACAUAUCCAUCGGCGAGACCUUGAAUUAUCACUUUCAUGGGAGAACCGCAUUAGAAUUGCAUGUGAAGUUUCUGGAGCAGUAGCAUAUAUGCAUUGUGCAGCUUCAAUCCCCAUCCUUCAUCGAGACAUCAAAUCUUCCAACAUUCUCUUGGAUGAUAAGUUUGCUGCCAAAGUGUCUGACUUUGGUACAUCAAGAGCAGUCCCGGAUGAUAAAACUCACUUCACCACAGAAGUGAAAGGAACUUUGGGGUACUUGGACCCAGAGUACUUCCAAUCAAGCCAAUUCACAGAAAAAAGUGAUGUAUAUAGCUUUGGAGUUGUGCUUGUAGAGCUUCUAACCGGGGAAAAACCAAUUUCUUUUGCAAGAGAUGAAGAAGAGAGAAAUCUUGUUUCGCACUUCAUUGCAUUGACAAAGGAGGAUAGACUGCAUCAGAUUUUACAACCUCGAGUUGCUAGAGAAGCAAGUACAGAGGAUAUUCAUGCUAUUGCAAACCUGGCAAUGAGAUGUUUGAGAUUGAAUGGAAAAAAGCGGCCUACAAUGAAAGAGGUUUCGAUGGAGCUGGAAGCUUUGAGAAAAUCCCAAAAAUGCUUAGAGAAUUUCCAAGAGCCUCAUAUAUUGAGAGAUGAAGUAUCAUUCAUAUCCAUAGACAGCACAAGGGAAAGCCAAGAACCUACAGAGGAAACGAUCAUCUCUUCCCUGGAAAUGGAGUCUGCAUCAACAAUCUUGAAAUCAGCUUGAUAGAGGAACUUUCUUCUUUCUUUUGUAGUCUUAACACAGUUUGCAUCAAUCUUGUAAUCAGCUUGCAAACGGAACUUUUUUCUUUCUUCUGUAAUCUUUAACAGAGGUAUUUUAAGUAGAUGACCUUAUAAGUUCA